AUGAAGUUCGGUGCUGCCCUUCUGGUCUUAGCCACCUCGGCCUUGGCUAACAACGUCCGACGGGGAGGAGAUGAGUACGAGAGCCCAGGCUCUGAGAGCGGAAAGGACUACGAGACUGGCGAGAACGAGUACGGACAAGACGAAGGAUACGGAAAGAAGGGCCACUACGAGCACGAGGUUAAGGAGGUCGCUGUGACCUACACCACUACAACCGUCUGCCCUGUCACCUAUACUCAUUACAAGGAGGGAACCACCUACUGCGAGACCAAGCUCACAACCUCGACGCUCGUUGUUGCUGAGACCAAGACUGUCGAUGUCACAGUCAAGGAGCCUGAUGUCACCAAGCACUACACUGAUGUUGACUACGUUACCAGAACAACAGUGUGCCCUGUGACCCAGACCAAGACUAUUGCUGGGGAGGUUAUUACCGAGGUCUACACGACCACCAGCAUCAUCUACGACAUUGUCAAGUCUACCGACUAUGAGCACGUUAAGCAGCCCGAUGUCACCAAGCAUGAGACCGAUGUCGUCUACAAGACACGAACUACUGUCUGCCCUGUGACAGUCACCAAGACCAUCGCCGGUGAGGUUGUCACUCAGACAUACACCACCACCAGCAUCAUCGAGGAGGUCGUCAAGUCCACUGACUACGAGCACGUCAAGCAACCCGACGUUACUAAGUAUGCUACUGAUGUCGAAUACGUUCAUAAGACCAAGGUCUACCCCGUCACCGUCACCAAGACCAUUGCUGGUGAGGUCGUCUGCGAGACUUACACCACCACCAAGGUCAUCGAGGAGAAGGUUGCUACAACCGAGUAUGAGCAAGUCAAGCAGCCUGAUGUGACCAAGUACGAGACCGAUGUUGUCUAUGUCACCAAGACCAAUGUCUACCCAGUCACCGUCACCAACACUAUUGCCGGCGAGGUCAUCACCAAGGUCUACACCUCUACAGAGUACGUUGUUGAGAAGGUCCACACCACUGUCUACGACCAGGUCAAGCAGCCCGAUGUUACCAAGCACGAGACAGAUAUUGUCUACCACACCAAGUACGAGGUUUAUCCCGUCACCGUCACUAAGACCGUUGAGGGCGAGGUUAUCACCAACGUUUACACUUCCACUUCCGUCAUUGUCGAAAAGGUUGUCACCACUGUGCCCGCUGUUGAGACCAUCGUCAAGACCAUUGGCAAGGGCGAGGUCGUCACUCAGUACUCCAAGGUUUACCACACCGUCGGUGGCGGUACCGUCUACGAGACUGUCGCUCCUCAGCCCACCACUGUCCAGGCUCCCGAGACCGAGGUUGUCACCCAGCCUGAGGUCACCGUCCCUGCCACUCCCACCAUUGCCCCUGAACCCGUCGCUACUGGCGCUGCCGCCGCCAACAAGGCUCCCGUCUUUGCCUUCAUGGCUGGUAUCCUCGGUGCCGUCGCUCUCAUCUAA